AUGCCCUCAAGCGACAUCGCCGGCUGCCCCCCUCAGCCCAACCUCGACCACUCUAGAUGGUGGCGACACCGCUCCCUCGUCGUCCUCAAUGUUCUGCUCUACCUCUGCCCUCUCCUGACCACCUUCACCAUGGGCUUUGACGGUAGCAUGUUUGGGUCCCUCCAGGCCUCCGACUACUGGCAGGACUAUUUUCACCACCCAGCUGGGACUAUUCUCGCGACUCUUGGUGCGGCACCCAUUCUUGGUGGAUUCAUCGCCUUCCCCUUCGUUUACACUCUUUCGGACAAGAUGGGUCGGCGCUGGUCCAUGUUCAUUGGCUCGGCCUUUAUUGCAGUCGGUAGCGGUAUUCAAGCUGGGGCGCUCAACCGCGCCAUGUAUGGUCUUGGCCGUGGUCUAAUUGGCUUUGGACAGGCAUUCUGUGCUGUCUUCGAAGCCGCACACUAUGCCCUUGGAUCGAUUGUGGCUGCUUGGGUUGUAUUCGGCACCAUCCACAUCAACAGUAAUUCUGCUUGGCGCAUUCCUUCAGCUUUGCAGGCUCUCCCCGCUAUCAUUCAGUGCAGCUUUGCUUUCGUCUGCCCCGACUCGCCUCGUCACUUGUACUACAAGGGCCAUCACGCUGAGGCCAAGGCCAUGAUUAUCAAGUACCACUCCGACGGUCAGGACGACGAUCUCGCUCAGUGGGAGUACGACGAGAUUGCCGUUGCGCUUGACGCCGAGCAAGCCCUUCCCAAGGGUAUCUUCGCACCUCUCUUCAACGCACUCAAGAAGACUGGUUACCGCAAGCGUCUCUUCAUUAUUAUGUGGCUCGCCAUCUGCUCCCAAGCCUCUGGAAACAGUUUUAUCUCGUACUACCUCUCUCCCGUCCUCCGCUCGACCGGCAUUACUGGCCAGCUCCAACAGACAAUUAUCAAUGCCACAAGCCAGAUUCUCUCGUGGCUCUCAGCGAUGGCGUUUACUGUCCUCCCGGCCCGAGUUGGCAGGCGCACCCUCUUCCUUUCGUCACUGGCGCUUCUCCUCCUCGUUGUCAGUGGCAUCACGGCCGCUUCGGCCGUCCUCGGCUUCACUGGCAACCUCAACGUCUUCAUUUCUGAGAUCAACGAGUUCUACCUCCGCGCCGUCGGCAUCACCCUGUUCGGCCUCGGACAGCAGAUCAUCUCCCUCAUCUUCCAGUACGCCACGUCGGUGGGCCUCGAGCGCCUCGGCUGGAAGUACUUCUGCAUCUUCAUUCCUUGGAUCGCAGUCGAACUGGUUGUCGUCUACUUUGUCUUCCCCGAGACGAAGGGUCUUAGUCUGGAGGAGAUUGCCACAGUCUUUGAUGGCGAGGCCGCACCUCUCGCGCAUGGGCGCAUGGUUGAGGAUAAGAAACCCGAAUUCGAGCACAAGGAUACUGCAAUGGUAUGA